AUGGCAUUCACCGCCCCUAGCAAGCCUGUCUCUCCCUUUGCGAGGGCUUUCGCUUCCCAGUCCUCCUCGGUCGAAAUCCCCAAGCCUUACGAUCCCGCCCCGGGCAACCACCGAGCCGCCAUGCUCCCUACGCCGCCGAACUCGAUCUCUCCGACCCUUCCUCCGCAGCACAAGCUGCACUCCUCCUCCGUCCCCCAUACCCACCCUCAUGGCCAGAACGACUCCGACGUCGAUCUGCUCGACGCCGAACAGCCUCCGGCCCCUGCGCCACUCUCCAGCGCCGCCCUUUCGGGCCUCGAGGCCGCCGAUACCAUUACUCCAGCCAUGCUCGCCAAGCAUCACCUCCCAGAUAUCUUGCUGAACAAUGGGCCCGUGGCCAUCCGCCAUGUUCUCAUGAACCUGGCGCAGUCUGUUCCGGGUUUCUCUCGCAUACCACAAGCCAAGGCGCGCAGGUUGGUUGUAGCUGCGCUAGAGAGCCGCACUGUUGGUAGCAGUGCAAUCUCCGAAGGCGAGAUUGUCUUCGAGAAGGUUGGUUGGGGCCGCUGGGAUGCGUACAUCAUGGGCCAGUCGCGCCCGGAGCGCAAUCCCACCGGUAGCGGUAUCCCGGUCAACAGCAUGAGACAGUCGGCCUUCUCGCCCCCUGCCAGCGUUCCAGACAGCUACGCCAUGUCCGCGGACGGUCUCCGUAUCCCACGCAUGGGCCACGGCCAGUUCGCCCGCCGCGAGGACCUCUAUUCCGGUAGCUGGGCUGCCAGCUCUGCGAUGAGUGGUCAUGACGCCUCCGAUUAUGACGUCGACAUGAACAUGGCCGAACACGAGGCCGACAAGAUGUCUAUGGACGGCGAUGAUGUUGGUUACGAUUCUCCGCCCGCACCGGAGAACAUGGAUGACGAUAUCGAACUCGAUGAGGAAGACGAAGCUACAGACGAAGAAGACUGGGCCGGUAUCGGCGCUCAGGUCUUACGUCAGAGCAGCAUGGGCGGACUUGGUGGUGGCUUGGGCGGCGGCGGUGUCAUGAGGGACUAUAAUCAGCUGUCAAGGAGCGUUACAGCCCGAGCAAGGAUGUCGCCACAGCCGCGUAGCUUUGCGAACGCGUACAUGAAGAGUAGGGCUAGCCCCCGAGGCGUCUCCGUAAGCUACCAAGAACGCGCGCCCCACCUCACCGGCGCCGCACCCGCCGGCUGGACCAGCAUUGCUCAACAAAACCCGCAAGAGAGAGAAGCGAUCGAGGCGCUGCUCAAGAUGGGCUCGAUGUAA